AUGAUUGCGAACUAUGUUGGCGUCGUCGACCACUCAAUGGAGGGAACGACCUGUCAGAUCGCAGACGCGAAUUUACUGCGACCUGGAACCCACGCCUUCCGUAAUCCACAGUACACCCUCACACACAUAAACACAAUGAGGAGCUUCAUAGGCAAGGUGGUUUCGAACAAGAUGCAGAAGAGUGUGGUGGUGGCGGUGGAUCGAUUCAAGGCGCACAGCAAGUACCCCAAGGUGGUGCACUCCACCAAGAAGUUCAUGGCGCAUGAUGAGAGCAACGAAUGCUCCAUGGGCGACCAGGUGCGCAUCGAGUCAUCGCGGCCACUGAGCAAGCGCAAGCACUGGGUGGUCACGGAGGAUUCCAUGCUCUAA